UAAUACUCCCAAAUUUUAUUAAAGUUGAUAAAAUUGUGGUUAUUUUCGAUAAUUGUUGCUAAAUAAAUUCGUUUAAAUUGAAGGGGACAGCUGAGCUAGUGACCCAGGCUACAAUUCAUCCAGAUGAAAUGACGGGAACUGAUGCCAAGGUCGAAGCAAUGAAAAUGGCGGAUGCGAAUCAACCCGAGAGAGUUCAAUCACUAGCUCAAAAAGGUGAAGCCGUUGUGCCGGCGGUAUACGUGCAGCCGCCCGAUAACAGGCCCCGUAUCAACGUCAACGACUCCCUCCAUCCGGUGCCGACGAUCGACUUGAGCGCGCCGGCCGACCUCAUCCUUGGCGAACUGCGAAAGGCCUGCAGGGAAUGGGGAGCCUUUCACGUAGUAAACCACGGAGUCUCCGUCGAAUUGCUGGAUGGUGCCAGGCGCGUCGGCCGAUCUUUCUUCCAGGACUAUCCUCUGCCGGAGAAGCUGAGGUAUUCCUGCGAUCCGGAUUUGCCUGCUUCCGAGGGUUACGGCAGCAGAAUGUUGGUUGCCUCGAACGAUGCCGUUUUGGACUGGAGAGAUUACUUUGACCAUCACACGCUGCCGCUCUCUCGCCGCGAUCCAUCUCGCUGGCCCCACUUUCCCUCCGAUUACAGAGACGUUGUUGCACGGUAUAGCGAUUGUAUGAAAAUCCUCGCACAGAGACUUUUGGGGUUGAUCUCCAAGAGUCUAGGCCUGCCAUGUUCGUGCAUCCAAGAUGCAGUUGGGGAAUUUCAUCAGAACAUUACUUUCAGUUACUAUCCCCCAUGCCCACAGCCGGAGCUUACUCUUGGCUUGCAAUCACACUCUGAUAUGGGUGCCAUUACUCUUCUCAUCCAAGAUGAUGUUAGGGGACUUCAAGUUCUUAAGGAUGAAAAAUGGGUAACUGUGAAUCCCCUAUCUGAUGCUAUACUUGUCAUCUUGGCUGACCAAAUUGAGAUCAUAACCAAUGGAGAGUACAGAAGCUCUAUACACCGCGCCAUAACUAAUGCUGAGCAACCUCGGUUUUCGAUAGCUACAUUCCAUGACCCUGCAAAGACAAGAAAGGUUUCCCCUGCAUUUCAUCCGCCUAAAUACCGUGAAGUGAUGUAUGGCAACUAUGUAUCAUCAUGGUACACAAAGGGCCCAGAAGGAAAGCGGAAUCUUGAUGCCCUUAUUAUUUAAUUGGAGGACUUUCAUGUGGCUUGGUAGACUACAAUAUGUAACGUGGAACACGAGAAGUCGCAUCACAGAUGAUGAAACUUGUCCGAACUGUGUAAACCAUGCCGAAAUUGUUGAUCUUCUCCUCGUGAAAUACCCCAAAAGCUCCAGAAAUACUAAAUACCAAUGCUAUUGUGCACUCGAAGUGAGAGUUAAUGACAUAUUUACACCCACCAAAACAUUAAGGAUCAGUUUAUAUAUACUUGCACAUUUGAUGGAGGUUUAGUACAGUGGUCUACGUUAAGGAGUCGAAAGUGGAAAUGAUAGAUGAAACAUUCCCAAAAGGGAUAGUUUCUACUUUCUUGGAUUCAUCCUAUACUCCGUAGAAUAAUAGUGAGGGGUGGUG